AUGGCAUUAGUUUCUGGAGGAAGAUCAACCCUAAACCCGAAUGCACCUCUUUACAUUCCGGCUGCUUUUCGUCAGGUGGAGGAUUUUUCUCCGGAAUGGUGGCAGCUGGUGACGACACUGACAUGGUACCAUGACUACUGGCUUAACCAGCAGCAUGAUGAUGAAGGCUUCUUCAAUGAAUUUGACGGCAACGACGUGGUUGAUUUGCUUCCUGAUGCAUUUGAUCUUGAUGUGAAUGAUGAUGAUGAUGAUCUUUCUAUUGAAGCGCAGCUUGAAGAGUUUAUCAAGUCUUCUGAAGCUCAAGAAGAAGCUUUUGCAAAGAAAUUUACUGGAUGA